AUUCUGGCUAAAAAAAUGCAAAGAGAUAAUCUCAGAGAAGGGCUCAUUAAUGAAACCAUUAAUGACGAUCGUGAAGGGAAUAAGCAUUUGGUGUUUACGGAUGAGAAUAGAGAGGAAGGUGAAGGGCAGAGUGAGUUGACACUUGAGGAAUAUGAAGAGAUUCAGGAAAAAGAAGCCUUGGAAAAGGACGUUCAGGAUGAAUUAGAGGUUAAGAAAUUCAUUCAGCUUAAAGAAGGAGUCUCAUGGUGGAAUGCAUCUAACAUUUUCUUCACAUACUUUAUCAGUAUUUCCCAGAUAGUGUUCUUUGACUUAUGACUAGUCUAUCUUCUUAAGAGUGAGAGUCAUUUUAAUAUUCCUACAAGUGACGUUGCAGGUCUAUCUGCGAAUAUUGUUUUUUAUUCACAACCAUUUACACUUUUAUUUGAUAUAAUUCUUGGAUACAUGCAUGAUAAGUUAGGAAGAAAAGUAACUUUGCUGAUCUCAAACCUUAUCUGUGUCUUGGCGUUUGCAGUCCUCCCAUUUGUGACCACUAUUUAUCCUGGACUCUUGUUAAUAAGAAUCAUGCUGAAUUUCUCGGUAAAAGGCCCACUAUCAGCACCACUUCCUUCAGACUACAUAGUAUCAUCAACCAGAGGGAAGGCGACCUCUCUAUCAGGAAUAGGGGCUGGAUUUGGUGCUAUUUUCUCUGUAUUUGUCCUAUUCACCAUCACCAAGAAGACCAGCUUUACCUUCUCCUUCUAUAUCGCAGCAGGGGUUUAUUUCCUAAUCGCUGUUUACAUGUUCAUCACAGUUAAGGACGUCAAGAGAGAAAUGAGAGAAGGAUCUCAAGUCAGUGCUUUCUUCUCCUGGAGAAAACUUAAGAAAACUACCAAGACAGUCUGGAAGGUGUCAAGGACUUCAAGAGAGGUUAACCUUAGUUACUACGGAUCCUUUAUUACGAGGAUGGGAGAUAUUCUCAGUAUUUUGUUCAUGAAUAUUUGGAUUUCCUCCUUCUUUGGCAGCUCUGAUGAUGAGAUCUCUAAAGCUAAUAGUAGAGGACAGAUGAUUAGUGGAAUUGGAGGAGUUCUAAUUCUUAUACUCAGCUUCUUUAUUGGAUGGGGAACAGAUAAGAUGAAAUUUGUGUAUACAAUCAGCCUCUUUUAUGGAAUAAGAGCCUUGUUCUACUUCCUUAUUUUAUUUGCGAAAGAUCCAAGCACAGUUCAAGCAUUCCUAUUUUUCCUUAUAAUAUAUACCUCGAAUGGACUUUUGAACAUUAUUAUCAACUCUUAUUUUUACAAAAUCAUCAGGAAAGAGCACAAAGGAAUACUAAAUGGCAUAUUUCUCUUCUUUGGGACACUGGGAAUCUUAUUUAUCUCCAAGAUAGGAGCACUAUUCUUCGACCAUGUAAUAAUAAGCGGACCCUUCCUACUUGGAGCUAUUUUUGAUCUCUCUUUCGUAAUUCUAUUUUUCUUCUUCCACAAACCAUCAAAAGAAGAGCACCAAGAUGGCACGUCACAUUAG